GCUUAAGAUGUGUGGCGCGAAGAUCGGCUCCAAAUGAGUCGCCGUUCUGUUCGCGAUAUUACUAUAUAUGCAAAUAUUCUCAGUACAGACAAUGUGCAAGUUAUUAAUUAAAAAAUUGUUGUUGUUUUAAUGAAAUAGAGAAUGCGAUGUGCCAUCGGCAAUCAUUCAUGUGACGUUUUCUUCAAAAAUAUCUCGAGUACGUGAAAUCAUUCGCAAAUAAUUAGUGACAAGUCAACCCACUAUCAAAAUUAGUGUCCACUGUAGUCCAGCCGUCACUAUGUGCUGGUGUUUACGUGUCUAUUGGACUGUUUUGCAUAAUUUGUUCACGCGAUUUGUGACAGCAUUUGCCGAUUCCGUCUAUAAUAGUGAUCUGUGCGCGCGUUUAAUGUGCUGUUCGCAUUCUACAUGUUGUUUUUGUUGUGAUCAUUGUUUAUUUUAUAAACAUACUGAGCGUGAAGCGCGCAAAUCAAACGAAAAUGACGGAGAGGAGCGUGAAUUAACGCUGGCGGAUAUUGAAGAGGGGCAAGCCAAAGCAACCUCUCCCUUUCAACACCACGAUUACGUCAUAGUUGAUGAUAUCGAUGCUAAUUAUCUGGAAAUUGAGCGCCGUAAAAUUGAAACAGAACACUAUUAUCGUCUAGUAGAUCGCGCAUCUGCUGAGCACAUUCUCAAUUUUCGAGAAGACGGUGCCUGCUUAGUGCGACCGUUCAAAGAAGCGGAUCUGUCAAUAAAAUAUAUCGUAACGGUAUAUGCACAGCAGCAAUAUUUCCACCUCUUCAUCAGACAACUAAAUGGCAAAGAUUCUUACAGCAUCGGACAGCAAAAGCCAAAUGAGAAGAUAUUCAAGUCACCAAGUGAUAUUAUCGAUUUUUAUAGUCUUAAUGCAUUACAAUGUACAAAUAAAAAUAUUAGCGUAUGUUUAGUAUUAAAACCAAUAGUUACUUAGUCAUUAAGUAUGCAUGUAGAUAUAUAAUUUAAUUGUACUUGAGAUAAUUUAAAUUAAUUUUAAGUAUUUAAUAUUUAUUGCUUACA